GGCUCCUCCCCCCCCCCCCCCCCACUCGGCGCUUCCGGCCGGCGCGGGAACGGCGCGCGGAACGCCCGGAGCCCCUGACCCCGGCGUGACCCCGCCCUGACCCCGGCGUGACCCUCCCACCCUGCUCUGACCCCGCCCUGACCCCGGCCACGCGCAUGGAGGGGGAGGGGGAGGAGGAGGGGGCGUCCGCGCCCCCCGGCGCUGCGGCCCCCGCCGCCCUGGCCUUCCUGCCGGACGGGGCGGGGGUGCCGCUGGCGCUGGGCCCCCCCCCGGGCCCCACGGCCGGGGAGCUGCUGCGCCGCGUGCAGGGGGCGCUGCGCCUCCCCCCCGCCGCCGCCCCCGCCCUCGCGCUCUGGCUCUGCUCCCCCCUGCUGGAGGUGCAGCUGAAGCCGCGGCACCGCCCCCUGCGCCUGGUGCGGCGCUGGCCCGAGCUGCUGCUGCGCUUCAGCCUGGGCAGCCCCGCCGCCAUCGCCCGCGACGAGCCCUGCCUGCAGCUGCGCAGGAACGUGUUCUUCCCCAAGAGCAAAGAGCUGGAGCUGGAGGAGGAGGAGGUGCUGCGGCUGCUGUACGAGGAGGCGCGGGGGCACCUGCUGGGGGGGCGCUUCCCCGUGGACCCCCCCACGGGGGAGGCGCUGGGGGCGCUGCUCUGCCGCCUGCGCCUGGGGCCCUUCCAGCCCGCGCACCACACGCCCCACACCCUACGGCCGCUGCUGUCGGAGCUGCUGCCGCCGGCGCCGGGCCGGGGGGGGCUGUGGGGGGCGCUGCGCCGCUGGGGGCCCCGCCCGCCGCCCCCCCCCGAGGAGGGGCUGCUCCGGGCCUUCGCCCGCACCCCCGGCCCGCAGGAGCCCCCCGCCGCCCUGUAUCGCGCCUUCCUGCGCCGCUGCCACUCCCUGCCCUGCUACGGGUGUGCCUUCUUCCCGGGGGCCAUCGAACGCCCCUCCGGGGGGCUGCUGGGCCGCGGGGGGCUGCGGCCCGUCACCGUCGCCGUGGGGCUGGAGGGUGUCACCAUCAUCGACCCUCGGGAGAAGCAAGUGCUGCUGACGCUCACCUUCCCCGAGCUGAGCUGGGAGCUGGUGGGCGCCGUGGGGCACGAGGGGGAUGCCAUGGGGCAGGAAGGGGAUGCUGUGGGGCAGGAGGAGGACAGCGUGGGGCCCCCCCAGCUGUGGCUGGAGUUCGACGGUGACCACGAGGGAGCCCCUGUCAACCGCCUGCUGCGAGUGUUCUCCCCCCAGGCGGAGCUCAUGAGCGCCCUCAUCGAGUGCUGCAUCGAGCUGGGGGGGGCGGGGCCGGCCCCGCCCCCCCCCGAGGCCCCCCCCGAGGCCGAGGCCCCCCCGCGGGGCGCCCCCUUGCGGCGGGAGCAGAGCGUCACCCGGCCCCGCCCCCAGCGCCUCGCGACCAUCGACUACGUGCAGGAGGGGCAGGAGCUGCGGCGGGUGAAGCCCCCCCGGCGCUCGGGGUCCUUCUUCGGGCGGGGCGGGGGCUCCUACAGCCCUGUGUCGGGGGGGCCCAGCCUGGAGCAGGGCUGAGACCCCCCCUCGGCACGCACUGGGAGCACUGGGAGCCCCCCCAGCAUGGACUGGGAGCACUGGGAGCCCCCAGCGACAGCCCCGGGAUCCCCCACUUUGUACCAACCCCCCCACACACAGACACUAAUAAACUGCACAGGGCACCGA